AAACAGUAACCUAAGUAGGAGGAGCGUUCUUGGCGUAACGAUUUUGAAAAGUCCAAGAAGACGUUUUGAAUAAUUAUUUUUUGUUGAUGUUUUUUCUCCUUUCUUUUUGGGUAAUAUUUACGCUGCAAGUUUGAAGACGGCGCCGUAGUGUUUGUUUGAACCCCGCCCUCGUUUUCUCCGCCCCUGGAGGCGUUUCUGAGCAGAGAAAUGACCGUAUCUCGGCACUAACAGAUUCUGCCUUGCCAGAUCACACUAAACGAGAGUCUAAAAGACAUUUCAGAAUGGGGGAUGACAGUGAAUGGAUGAAGUUGCCAAUUGAUCAGAAAUGUGAACAUAAGAUCUGGAAAGCAAGACUGAACGGUUAUGAGGAAGCACUCAAAUUAUUUCAGAGGAUUGAAGAUGAAAAGAGUGCAGAAUGGUCCAAAUACCUUGGAUUAAUUAAAAAAUUUGUUACAGACUCAAAUGCUGUAGCUCAGUUGAAAGGUCUCGAAGCAGCAGUUGCAUAUAUAGAAAACGCUAAUGUUGCCGGAAGAACUACAGGGGAUGUUGUCUCUGGUGUUGUAUGCAAAGUCUUCAACCAGCCAAAAGCCAGAGCAAAAGAGCUGGGAAUAGAUAUCUGCUUAAUGUACAUAGAAAUUGAGAAAGCGGACCAAGUACAAGAAGAGCUGCUGAAGGGAUUUGAUAACAAAAAUCCAAAAAUUAUUGUAACAUGCAUUGAAACUAUAAGGAAAGCACUAACAGAAUUUGGUUCAAAAAUUAUAACUUUGAAGCCAAUAAUCAAAGCAUUGCCAAAGUUAUUUGAAUCUCGAGAAAAAGCUGUACGAGAUGAGGCCAAAUUGUUAUCGGUGGAAAUUUACAGGUGGAUUCGUGAUGCCAUUCGACCUCCAUUACAGAAUAUAAAUUCUGUAUUGUUAAAAGAAUUGGAAGAGGAAUGGAAAAAACUGCCAAAUUCUGCACCAAAGCAGUCAAGGUUCUUGCGUUCUCAACAAGAUAUGAAAAUUAAAUUUCAGCAACAGCAAGCCUCUGGAUUGGAAAGUGUUGAUGAUGAAGAAGUAGCUGCUCCGCAGGUGGAUGCAUAUGAUCUGCUUGAAGCAGUUGAGAUCCUUUCGAAAUUGCCUAAAGACUUUUUUGAAAAAAUUGAAGCAAAAAAAUGGCAAGAGAGAAAAGAGGCGUUAGAAGCAUUAGAAGCUUUGGUGAAAAAUCCAAAAAUUGAAAGUGGAGACUUUGGUGAUGUUGUCAAAGCUCUUAAAAAAGUUAUUGGAAAGGAUACAAACGUUAUGCUUGUUGCACUUGCAGCAAAAUGUGUUGCAGGACUGGCUUCAGGCCUCAGGAAGAAAUUUGCACCAUAUGCCGGCCAUGUAGUGCCAACUAUUUUGGAAAAGUUUAAGGAGAAGAAACCUCAGGUAGUUCAGGCUUUACAGGAGGCAAUUGAUGCGGUUUUCCUCUCUACAACAUUACAAAACGUUAGUGAAGAUGUUCUGGCUGUAAUGGAUAACAAGAAUCCAACAAUAAAGCAACAAGCAUCUUUGUUUCUAGCAAGAAGUUUUUGUCACUGCACUGCUGCUACAUUGCCAAAAAGCUUGUUAAAAACAUUUUGUGCUGCCCUUCUGAAGCAAAUCAAUGAUUCUGCACCUGAAGUCAGAGAUGCGGCUUUUGAAGCAUUGGGUACUGCCAUGAAAGUUGUAGGAGAAAAAGCAGUAAAUCCAUUUUUAGCUGAAGUUGAUAAACUGAAACUGGACCGGAUUAAAGAGUGUGCAGAUAAAGUUGAGGUUGCUGGUAUGAAAAAAGCAUCAAGUGCAACAGAGAAAAAGGAUUCAAAACCAGCUGCAAAAAUAGAACCAACGCCUGAAGUGCUUCCUCCAAAACCUGCAGGCCCUCCGAAAAAGGUGCCAGUCACUAAACCUGGUGGACCCCCAAAGAAAGCAAAAGUAGCACAAGGAGCUCCCGCUAAAGCAAAGAAAGGAGCAGAAGUUAAAGAAAUUACAGAGACUGAACUUUCUUCGGAAGUGUGUGAGGAAAAGGCAGCAGCAGUGCUUCCUGCUACAUGCAUGCAACUUUUAGACAGCGGAAACUGGAAGGAAAGACUUGCCAGUAUGGAGGAGUUUCAGAAGGCAGUAGAACAAAUGGACAAAAGUGAAAUGCCAUGUCAGGCCUUGGUUAGAAUGUUGGCAAAAAAACCUGGGUGGAAAGAGACUAACUUUCAGGUAAUGCAGAUGAAGCUACACAUAGCUGGACUUAUUGCUCAAAGAGGAGUUUUCAGUAAAACCUCCGCAUUAAUUGUUCUCGAUGGUUUAGUGGAUAAAAUAGGGGAUGUGAAAUGUGGAGUUAAAGCUAAAGAGGCACUUACGUCUAUAGGAGAAGCUUGUUCUUUGCCAUGGACUGCUGAACAAGUUGUUAAAAUGGCCUUUGCUCAGAAGAAUCCCAAAAAUCAAGCAGAGAUUUUAACCUGGCUUGCAAAUGCUAUGAAAGAAUUUGGGUUUGCUGGGAUAAAUGUUAAAGCAUUCAUCAACAAUGUGAAGACUGCUUUAGGUGCAACAAACCCUGCUGUGAGAACAUCUGCUAUUUCUUUACUUGGUGUGAUGUACCUAUAUAUGGGUGCACCCUUACGUAUGUUUUUUGAAGAUGAAAAACCCGCAUUGCUGGCACAGAUUGAUGCUGAAUUUGAAAAGAUGCAAGGUCAAAUACCAGCUGAACCUUUUCGGGGAACAACAAAAAGAAGUGGUGAAGAUGAUUAUGAAGAAACAGAUGAACAAGAGGAAAAUGGAAAUGAUGUUGUUGAUCUCUUGCCCAGAACAGAUAUUAGUGACAAGAUAACUUCUGAAAUCGUGUCAAAGAUUGGUGAUAAAAACUGGAAGAUAAGAAAGGAAGGGCUUGAUGAAGUAACGGCCAUAUUAAAUGAUGCCAAAUUUAUUCAGCCAAACAUUGGAGAGCUUCCUUUAGCACUGAAAGGACGCCUUAACGAUUCCAAUAAAAUUUUGGUGCAGCAGACACUAAGCAUCUUGCAGCAUAUGGCAACAGCAAUGGGUGCAAACCUUAAACAUCAUGUGAAGACGCUCGGUAUUCCUAUUAUUACUGUGCUAGGAGACAGUAAAGCUAAUGUUCGUGCUGCAGCCCUGUCAACACUUAAUUCUUGGGUUGAACAAACUGGAUUGAAGGAAUGGAUGGAAGGAGAAGAUUUAUCAGAAGAACUUAAGAAGGAAAAUCCCUUCUUGAGACAGGAGCUUUUAGGCUGGUUGGCUGAAAAACUUCCAACAAUGCGCUCAGUAUCCCCAGAUCUCAUUCAGUGUGUACCUCAUCUUUAUUCUUGCCUAGAAGAUAGAAAUGGUGAUGUAAGAAAAAAAGCUCAGGAUGCACUUCCAACAUUUAUGAUGCACCUUGGAUAUGAAAAAAUGCAGAAAGCUACUGGUAAACUUAAGCCUGCUUCCAAGGAUCAGGUGUUAUUUAUGCUGGAAAAGGCCAGGGCUAUUAUGCCUGCCAAACCUGUUGCUCCUGUGAAAGCUGCUCCAUCUAAACCAGCUAGCGGUGCCUCAAGUGCAAAGCCCAACUCUGCUCCAGCUAUCACCAAGCCACCGCCAGCUUCAGCUUCUGAUGAUUCUGGAGUAACUGCGGCCGAUUCAAAAACUGAUCCAAAGAAGAAUAAACCUGCUGCCACUGCUCCCAGCAAAACAAAGACAAUAUCAGUGUCUUCGGAGGGUAAUGACAGUAUGGUAAAUGGUAAUACCAGUCUUUCUAAGUCUAACAAGGGAAAGUCCAAUAAACAGGGUACAUUAGGGAAAAAAGCACCCACUAAAGUCAAUGCCAAGGAGGAGGAUGAUAAAUCUGGCCCUAUUUUUGUCUAUAUUCCUAAUGGUAAAGAACAACGAAUAAAAGAUGAGAAAAGUCUGAAGGCUUUGAAAUGGAACUUUACAACCCCUCGUGAUGAAUAUGUUGAGCAGCUUAAAACACAAAUGAGUGGCUGUGUAGCUAAGUGGCUACAAGAUGAACUCUUCCAUUUAGAUUUUCAGCAUCACAUCAAAGCCUUAACAGCAAUGAUAGAGCACUUGGAAAGUGACAAAGACGCCAUUCUUAGCUGCCUAGAUCUGAUUUUGAAGUGGUUAACGCUGCGGUUCUUUGAUACAAACACCAGCGUCCUCAUGAAGGCCUUGGAAUAUCUAAAGCUUCUGUUUGCUUUACUGAGCAGAGAAGAUUAUCAUCUAAAUGAAUUUGAGGCAGCAUCUUUCAUUCCAUACCUCGUACUCAAGGUUGGAGAAUCUAAAGAUGUGAUACGCAAGGAUGUACGGACGAUUUUGAAUAUGAUGUGUAAAGUUUAUCCAACAAGCAAAUUAUUCAUGUUCUUGAUGGAUGGCACAAAAUCAAAAAAUUCAAAGCAGAGAUCAGAGUGCCUGGAGGAACUGGGCUGUCUAAUUGAAUUUUAUGGAUUGACUGUUUGUCAACCCACACCAGCUAAAGCACUCAAAGAAAUUGCCAUUCAUAUAGGAGAUCGUGACACUUCAGUCCGAAAUGCUGCUCUCAAUACUGUAGUUGCAGCCUACAAUGUUUGUGGAGACCAGAUUUUUAAACUUAUUGGGAAUCUUUCUGAGAAGGAUAUGAGCAUGUUAGAAGAAAGAAUAAAACGUUCAGCUAAGAAACAAACUACUGCACCUGUUAAACAGCCAGAGGAAAAAGCACCACGAGUGCAAGGAGUAGGAAAUGCAAAUACAAGCUUAAUGCGGAAGCCCAUUUCAGAAGAUGUCCCUUCUAAGUUGAAUCAGUCAAGGUCUCAAAAUAUGCUACCAGAACAAUCCGUCCCUUCUAUCCCCAAGGAGUUUCAGCUUGACUUGGAUGUUAUUGAAAAUGAUCAUACAAGAGUUAAUGAAAUUCCAGAUUUGGUUCAGCAUAAACUAGAUGACCUGCUGGAACCAGUACUGUUACCUGAACCCAAGAUCCGGUCUGUUUCUCCACAUUUUGAUGAUCUGCAGAGCAAUACUGCUUCAACAAUUAAUUUUGUCAUCUCCCAAAUAUCGAGUGGAGACAUUAAUACCAGUAUCCAGGCUUUGGCACAGAUUGAUGAAGUGCUGCGCCAAGAGGAUAAAGCAGAAGCAAUGUCUGGGCACAUCGACCAGUUCCUGGUUACAACUUGUUUACAGCUUCGCCUUAUCUACAAUACGCACAUGGCUGAUGAAAAAUUGGAUAAAGAUGAAAUUGUUAAACUUUACAGCUGUAUCAUAGGCAAUCUUAUAUCGCUGUUUCAGAUGGAAGGCCUGGCUCGACAAGCUUCCAUGGGAGUGCUUAAAGACUUAAUGCAUGGUUUGAUUACUCUAAUGUUGGACACAAGAGUAGAAGACCUAGAAGAUGGACAGCAGCUAAUCAGAUCUGUUAACUUGCUUGUUGUUAAAGUUUUGGAAAAGUCUGAUCAGACCAAUAUUUUAAGCGCUCUAAUUGCACUUCUUCAGGAUAGCUUACUCGCAACUGCAAGCUCACCAAAAUUUUGUGAGCUUGUAAUGAAGUGCCUCUGGCGUAUGGUUCGUCUUCUUCCAGAAUCAAUCCACAGCCUUAAUCUGGAUAGAAUUUUAUUAGAUAUCCAUAAUUUCAUGAGAGUUUUUCCAAAAGAUAAGUUAAAGCAAAUGAAAAGUGAUACACCACUCAGGACCUUAAAGACACUGUUGCAUACGCUCUGCAGACUGGAAGGUGCAAAGGUCUUGGAUCACUUAACAAUGAUAGAAAAUAAAAAUGAGUCAGAACUUGAAGCACAUCUUCGGAGAGCUGUUAAAAAUACUAUGGAUUCAACCACCAUUAAAUCAGACAAGGAGACUGAGAAAGGGGCAAUUAAACUGGAAGAAAAGGUAUCGAAGUCGAGAGUGAGCGACAUCCUUGCAGAAAUCUUUAAAAAAAUUGGUUCCAAAGAAAAUACAAAAGAGGGCUUAACCGAGCUUUAUGAGUACAAGCAGAAAUAUUCGGAUGCAGAUAUUGAACCCUUUCUGAAAAACACAUCUCAGUUCUUCCAGAGCUAUGUGGAAGGAGGACUCCGUACUAUACAGCGUGAAAGAGAACGGAAAGGAAGAGUGCAAACCACAAAUCCAGGAGUUACUUCUCAAAACAAUGAAACCAAGUUCAUCCCUACUUCAGCUUCCUCUACAUCAAUAAGCACUAAUGGGGAGGAUGUCAAACCUGAGGUUUACAUGGAGAGACUGAAAAUACUCCGGCAACGGCAUGGUCUAGAGAAUAACACAAAGCAGCAAGAGGACAGACCAACUGUUACACCAUUGCUUUCAAAACCACUGGGCCCAACUGUUGCAUCUUCUACAGACAUGUUGCACAGCAAAUUGUCUCAGCUAAAGGAAUCACGAGACCACUUUUCUCAGGAACUUGAAUCUACCCAGUCACAUUUACAGAGUAUGGGUACCAUGUCAUCUUCCACUAAUCUUGAUGACUUGAAAAAGAGGCUUGAAAGAAUAAAGAGCAAUCGUAAAUAAACCUUAUAUUAGCCUCUCCUGUUUAAGCUAAGGAGAAUAUUUUGGUAGCUGCUGGCCAAGUUUUUUGGCCUUUGUGUAUAAACAUGUUUUAUGUAUAAUAUUGUGGACUUCUUUUGGUUACGUAUUGUGGCACAAUUGUACAUAUGUAGGCUUCUAACAACUAAAGAGAUAAAGAUAAGUCAUGUGUAGAGUUUGUGUACAGUUUGUGCUAACUGCUGUAAUAUCAAUGUACUUUGUCCUUCCUUUUUAGAUAUUUUAGCUUUUUUCAAAAUUGUAGUAAAAUGUUUUAGCUUAUUUGUGUUUUGAGCUCUUAAUCUUCAAGGUUCUUAAUUGCUUGCUUGUUCGUCUUUCAUAUGUCAACUUAUACAUGUAAAGCUUGAAACCUAGGCUCUAUGAAGGAAUCAUGAAGCAUGGCAUGACGUAAUAUUUUGUAAAUAAAAGUUGCAUUAAGUACAGGUAAA